AUAAAACCAGUCCUUCCGGGAAAAUGGCGACGCCCUCGAGUGCCCCAGAGUCGCCGCCGGCCGCGGACCCGGCGCUGGCAGCGGGGGCUGCCGAGGGAGCCGAGGGCCCGCCGUCCCGCCCGCCGCAGCCCCCGCAGAAUGUCCUCGCUGCCCCGCGGCUUCGAGCCCCCAGCUCCCGAGGACUUGGGGCGGCGGAGUUUGGCGGAGCUGCGGGAGAUGUUGAAGCGCCAGGAGAGACUUUUGCGCAACGAAAAAUUCAUUUGCAGAUUGCCCGACAACGGUAAAAAGAUCUUGGACUCUGUUGUCAAACUGAAAGCUGCCAUUGCAGAACGUGAAGAAGUUAGAGGAAAAAGUGAACUGUUUCAUCCUAUUAGUUUAGACUGUAAACCAAGGCAAAAAGCAAUUGCAGUUGACGUGGACACAGAUAAGGCCCAGAAUUCUGACCAGAUACUUGAUACUUCAUCACUAGUUCCUGGCUGUUCUUCUGUAGAUAACACCACGUCGUCUAAAACAGCCUCACAACAGGGACUUGUACGUUCUAGUCACAAAGGUGAUGAAGAGGCUCCUCAGGUUGGGUACCCAGUGAACAAGUGCCCAGCUUCCAGCAGCAGAGCCACCGCUCCUUCCUCACCCGAAGCCACUGAGUGUCUCCCUCAGCAUCCUGGGUCAGGUCCAGCAGAAGAUACUUCUACCAGCUCCGACGACCUCUUCAUUGACAGGUUACAAAGUAUCACAAUUGCAGACCCAGAUGAGCAACAUUCGGAAGAGAACACGAGGACUGAGAACUUGACAGGCCUUCGUAGCGGGACACAGAAGAAGCCUCAUUACAUGGAAGUGCUAGACAUGCGAGCCAAAAACCCAGUGCCCCCACCACGUAAAUUUAAAACCAAUGUGUUACCUUCACAACAGAAUGAUUCACCGAGUCAUCCGCAGAGAAGAGGGUCUCCUAUUUCCUCAGAGGAAAGGCUGCGCAGGGAUAAGCAGCAUCUCGAUGACAUCACAGCGGCUCGGCUUCUGCCACUGCACCAUCUGCCUGCACAGCUGCUCUCCAUAGAAGAGUCUUUGGCACUUCAGCAACAGCAGAAACAGAGUUAUGAGGAGAUGCAAGCAAAGCUCGCAGCACAAAAAUUAGCUGAAAGACUGAAUAUUAAAAUGCAGAGCUAUAAUCCAGAAGGGGAGUCUUCGAGGAAAUACCGAGAAGUAAGGGAUGAAGAUGAUGAUCAGUCCUCUGAUGGUGAAUUCUGAAGAUGGGCAUUGGGGUACUCUCCUGACUCUGCCUGUUGAAAUGUCAUUUUCUUACAUCAGACUUUUCUAACAAGUAUCAAGAUCAGUGUCAGAUGUUGAGGGAAAUAAUAUUAUAAAGUUACGCAACAGUAGCUAUAAAAAUAGUUUGUCUUUCAGAAGAUAACUUUCAUGUACUGGAAAAGUUUAACAUUUGAAUGUUGUGUUUAAACAUUGUAUUAAAGUUUUGCAGUAUGUUG